UUUUUUUAAUUGUACAAAGUCCGGCCCGUCAAUUCGGCAUAACCAUACCAAAAUCCAACCACCGCCCAAACCCUCCGCCGUCUCGCCCGGCCCUCCGUCCCCGAUCGCGAAACCCUAUCCCCGCCGCUCGCCGGCGAUGGAGGCGCCGGACGAGGAGGCCGGGCUGGGCUUACCCGAGGGCGAGCGGCUGCUGGAGGUGACCCUCAUCUCCGCGCAGGGGCUCAAGCCCCCCUCCGGCCUGCGGCGGCGGCUGCAGGCGUACGCCGUGGCCUGGGUGGACGCCGGGCACAAGCUCCAGACCCGGCCCGACGCCUCGGGCGGGCUCGACCCGGCGUGGCACGCGCGGCUCCUCUUCCGCGUGCGCGAGGCCUCGCUCGCCGACGACUCCCGCGCCGCCGUCACCGUCGAGAUCUACGCGGCCGCCGCGGGCUCCUGGCACCUCGGUGGGGACUCGCUCGUGGGCUCCGCGCGAUUCCUCCUCGGCGACCACCGCCUUCUGCGCCGCCCCGUUGGCUCCCCCUCCAUGUUCGCGGUCGGUGUGCGCCGCCCCUCAGGCAGGGUCCACGGUCUUCUCAACUUGGCCGCGAGUCUCGUCGCGGUCCCGCCGUCCCCUGCCGCCUGCCACGCCCUCCGCCUCUCGCCCGCCGUCUCCCUCAGCGGCCUCUCCGUGGCGCCCAACCCGAGCCGCGUGCUCCGCGUCCUCAACCGCGCGCACCCCACACCUCCACCGUCCCCGAAGCUGCUUACGCCCAAGAAGCAGCAAAUGGCGGUCACGCCCAAGCAGCAGCAGAUGGCGGUCAAGCCAAACAAUAAGGUCGCGGACGAUGGCAGCGAUGAGGAGGGGGACGAGGAAGAGGAGAGGGGGAUGGGCGGGAUGAUGUUCUGCGGACCUUGCGUCUUACCUUUCCCGAGAAAGAUACACACGAGCCCCUCAGACGAGAACCUGCAGGUCUUCGCUGGCAUCUUCUCUGGCGGGCUCAGGCAUUGCCGAACGGAGCCCUCAUUUCCAAAGUGACCGUUCAGACAAAGGGAAGAAAUACAUACUACAGAGUGUUGUCUGCAGCUGAGACAGAAUUCAGUAUAGUGUCUAGGCUGUGUAGUCUAUUCCUUUUUGGUUUACUUGGAAAACUAAAGGUGUAGAAUAGCAUCUGCAGUUCAGCAUGGCAACUCUUUUUGGUCACUUACUCCCGGUAAGGAACGAAAGGCAUAAUAGGCCUUUUCAUCCCUCAACCAUCAGCUGAGGCUCAAUUUAGUCCCCAAACUAUCAAAGUGGUCGUUUUAGUCCUCAAACUUUUAUUUUAGGGUCAGUCUCGUCCCCCAUCCUACAUGGCAUGCCACGCUGUUCGACCAUGUCAGCUGCAGCAUGCCUCGCUGUCUCUCCCCCUCCCUCAUGGACUGGCGACCAUUCAAAGCAGCAGUAUGAGCUACUACAGAAACUAAGUGACACCGAUGGCCAAUGCAACCACCUGACCAGGACUACUAGACAGGAUACUAUUAAAGCAGCAGCAGCAGCAUCAAAUCACCUCGCCGCGGGAGAACAAUAUCAAAAUAGUCUUGGACUGAAGCACACCCUUGACACCAAUACUCCAGCCACAAAACAGGAAGAUCACGCCUUCUCUAUCAAACUUCUCCCUGCUCCGUCUUCAAAUUCCAAGCACGAGCAAUGAAACCUGCUCCUCGCUGCCUCUUCUAAAUCAAAGCAAUAAUUGUUUUUCUUCUACAAAUCAUUAGCGCCAAGCACCAGAGCAGGCCCAGCAUGCCAUGCUUCUCGCUGCCGCGUGGAGCUGCGGUGGCUGAGAAUUGGCAUAUAGAUGCACGAAACUCCCUCACCCUCCCCAAAUCCAACACCUGCCACCAGUCGGCGACAGUUGUGGUGUUGGAGCUGACGUGGCGCGACAGCGUGGCGUGCCACGUAGGACAAGGGACAAGAUUGAACCCAAACGAAAAGUUUGAGGACUGAAACGACCACUUUAGUAGUUCAGAGACGAAAUUGAGCUUUGGCCCAUAGUUGAGGGAUGAAGGUGGCUAUUUUGCCGAACAGAAAAGAAAAAAUGAGCUGACGUCAGCAGAUGCAAAACAUCAAGGGGUCUAAGAAAAUGAGAUGAGACUGUGCAAUCAAUCGUAAGUAGUUUCGCAAUACAAGUUUAAGGCCCUACUUUACUUUUAAACCAGACGUUGCGUGAGGAACCAACUGUGAAGUUGCAUUCUUCACUCGUACAUUCAGAUGAAUUCAGUGUUUCAAAAAGCAGUGGUAGGCAGGUUGGAAGAAUGAAAUUUAUAGGCAAAUUAUAUGCCUACAAAGAUGUACAUGAAUACCUGCCAGCUGCAGCGAGUAGAAAUACCUAAUUUGACUAGGAAGAUGUGCAUGUAUA